AUGGAGCCCUGUCUCGUCGGCGACUCGUGGAUCUUGGAUCCAUAUGAAAAUGCGGGUCAACAUGUAGGGAGCAUCAUCACUUUCUGGUCAAUGUCCUUCCUGAUGCUGUUGCAUUUGGGCGCGGUUGCCAAAGGCGCCAGGAAGGAUGGGAGAACGCGUGCCGUUCCAGUGCUCCUCACGAUAUUUUUUUUCUGCAGCUUCGUCUCCGCUGUUCUCCAAGCGGUGUCCCACAGCUUCAGCACUGGCACUACAAAGACUCAGCUUCUGCUCACGGCCCGGUUGUGGAUGGGCUUCGCUGCGGGAACCUGUCUCUUUCUGGGAACCAGCAUUGGGGAAGCCCUGAUGGCCGGCAACCGCGAAAUGGCAGCCCUGCGGACUCUCAAUUGGGUCUUCUUCGUGUUCGGGGCCGGUGCCUCUGUUUUGGUCUUGGCACUGGCUUCAGAUGGCGAUGAUCUCGUGCAAGCCGCAGUGAUGAGCGCAGCCUUUCUGUGGGCAGACGCCUUCUGGAUCGCCACUUGUUUGAAGAUGCAGCGGGAAGGCUCCAUCCAAGAGAAAAGUAUAUUCUUGCCGAAGAUUGGCGGGCCGGUCCUCAUGGCUCUGGCCUUUUGGAUUCUUGCAAUCUUGGAACCAACUUGCGGUGCUAAAGGCCAUUCAGAUUGCUACAAAUCCUGCUCCUUAGUAGCUGAGUAG